AUGCCUCCUCCACCUCCAAGCGAUGGCUAUAUAUCUCUGGCAUCCUGCUCGCCACCGUCUACGCCGCACCCCACGGCUGCCUCUUUUCUGGUGAAGAUGGAGCUCUGUGAGCAGUGUGUUUGUUUUCUGGUGACCAACGAUGUUCUUGAGAGGACACACUCCCAUCUCACUGGCAAGCAGCACAUUGGUUAUGGUCCGGUUAGGGAUUUCCUUUUCGAAUAUAAGGCUGCAAGAGAGCGGAGAGGUUUGCAAGGUAGGCUUUUUGACUUGGUUGGAGCAACCAAAGGAUAUGCCCCAAGAUCCACGAUCCAGCCCUCAAUCAAAGUUAUGCUGCCCGUCUUCUGUGCUUCUUCUCUCGCCUCCUUAUACAACACACUUGAUGAGCCCGAGUCGGAGGUGUGCCGUGAGCAAGGCGUGCGUCUGGCAGCGCCUGCCCUCUACGCGUCUGGCAGAUUAUUUUCUCUUGCUCAACAAGAGAUGGUAGGUCAAGGUGGAAAAACCAAACCUUGGAAGUCACAGGUUCCAUGGCCUUGGCGGUUGUCAUCAUCUAGAGAGAGAGGUUCGAUCCGUGGGAUGUGA